AGGGGGAAUGUGGGGGGUGGAGUGAGAGGAAAGAAGGUCCUAGAACAGGGAUUGGCUGCAUGUCAACUAAUGAAAAUAUCAGAUCAAAACAGGUUAAAGAGGGAUAUUGGAGGGCUACAUUGGAAUCACACAGACAUACAUUUACAUAUACAGACACAGAGUGAAAUGGAAAACCCAAACGUGAGAUCUGAGGUGCUUAAUGGGGCGACAAAGAGCCCGACAGUGAACAAGGUAACAGGGCUGAUCCAGCUGUCUCUGGAGGCUAAAGAUUUUGCCUAUUGCCCAUACAGCAACUUCAGAGUUGGGGCUGCUCUCCUGGCCCAUGAUGGGACGGUAUUUACAGGUUGCAAUGUUGAAAAUGCCUGCUACAACCUGGGAAUCUGUGCAGAGAGGAUUGCCAUCUCAAAGGCCAUCUCAGAAGGCUACAGAGAUUUUAAAGCCAUUGCAAUAGCCAGUGAUCUGAGUGAACACUUCAUCUCCCCGUGUGGAGCUUGUCGGCAGGUCAUGAGGGAAUUUGGUGGCAGCUGGAUGGUGUAUCUUUCCAAGCCGGAUAUGUCCUACGUGGAGAUGACUGUUGAAGAGCUGCUUCCCGAGUCUUUUAGUCCUGAGGAUCUAAAAAAGAAGAGGGUGCCUUCCAUUCCAAACGAAUGUUAAGCUUAUUUAAUAAAUGUGAUGUCUUUAUUUUUCUAAA